AUGGGAGGAAAAAGCAGUCGACUGUCAGUGGAGGCACGGCUGAGCCUCCUGGGCGAGUGUGGCGUGGACGCCGUGAGGCUGUCCCGCCCCCGCUCGGGGGGCUGCUGUGGGAGGGGGAGGCGCUCUCUGGCCUCCUUUACCUUCCGGCAAGGGGCCGAGGGGGGCGAAGCCCCUCGUGUCGGAUCAGGCGGCCAGCCUGAAUAUGGACAAGCUGGCCGCCUUGGACCAGGAGACACCCAUCAGGGUGCACUGCCUGGCAGGAGGCGCAACAGUCUUCUGUCAGGACCUGCCCCUGAGGGACCUCCUGGCCGGACUGAAGUACACUACGGCGGGGCGUCACGCCGUUUUGUACUUCAGCCUGGCCGGAGGUCUGGGUGUCCACGGGGGGCAGGGGCAGGGCUGCCCCGUGCUCUUUUGCAACAGCAAGAGAGUGGGCAGCCGCCCCAAGCCCCCCAAGAGGACCAGGCUGUCCGCGUCCCAGAGGCGGGGCAGGAGGCCGGCCCCGCCCCAGAGGCUGGCCAGGUGGUGGUGGCCAGCCCGGGGCACGAGGCCGGCCACGCCCCUGAGGCUGGCCAGGUGGUGGCGGCCAGCCCAGGGCACGAGGCCUGCCCCGCCCCAGAGGCUGGCCAGGUGGUGGCGGCCAGCCUGGGACACGAGGUCGGCCCCUCCCCUGAGGCUGGCCAGGUGGUGGCGGCCAGCCCGGGGAAGGAGGCCGGACCCGCCCCUGAGGCUGGCCAGGUGGUGGCGGCCAGCCCGGGGAAGGAGGCCGGACCCGCCCCUGAGGCUGGCCAGGUGGUGGCGGCCAGCCCGGGGAAGGAUAGCCUGGGCCUGAUAAAGAAAAUAGGUACAGGUUAUAGCAAAUCACGGAGGCCGAGACGGGGGUGUGUGGGUGCAGGUGGGUGGCGGACGAGGCGGGGUGGAGCUGUGCGGGUGGAGGUGGGUGGCGAGGUGAGGCGGGAUGUGUGGCUGCAGGAAGGUCCACCCCACACCCACGUCCCCCGGAAUGGAGAGGCCCGCCCCACGCACCCCGGGGAUGGGAAGACCCACCCCACGCCCACCCCAGGGGAGAGACCACCUCAUGUUUACGUUUUGUGA